UUAUUGAUUCCUAAGUGUAAGCUGUCUUUCAGCAGACGAAUGUUACCAUGGUUACAAGAACUUCUAAAUGCGCAAGUCUGUGAUGAUAUGUUUACUACUAGAAAUACACAACAAGGGAUUAGCAAUGUGAGAUAAUUAAGUAUAUCUGAAUGAUGAAGACUUUAUACAUGUGUGUAACAUGAAAACCAAGUAUGGAGUACAUGAACCUACAUAAAAUCAUAUUUAUACUUGUCUACUAUACAUAUCAUGCUGAUGGUAUCGGAUGCUUCAGAUGUACCUCUAUGAAUAGAAAUAACCAAGAUUGUGAGGACACUUUUAAUAACACGGGAAAGUAUUAUGUAACAGACUGUUGGGCGAGUCGAAAAGACCGAAUGGGGAUGUUUCCUGCUACAGAAUGUAUCAAGAUGACUGUUACUGAUGAAAACGACGACGGCCAGAAAUUUAGUUUAGUGGUAAGAGAUUGUGUAGUAGAUAACGGAGGUACAAAUUCAGAGACUGAAAUUGGUCGCCAGAGCCACUGUGGAUGGAUGAAAGUUUUACAAUAUAAUGGCGAGCGGAUGCGAGGAUGUAUACUUAGCUGUGAUUUAGAUGGAUGCAACACAGGACAAAAACUUUCAGCAGUUUCUCUUUGGAUAUUCAUAUUACUUGUUGUAUACUUAAUACUUCAGUGAAAAUUACUUGUUAUAUAUCUAAUCCUAUAUUGAAUAAACAGACUGUUUCAUUGAUCGGAACCAGGAAAACUUAAAGAAUCACAAAUCAUUGAUAAAGGUGAAAUCAAUAACACGGUUUUAUACUGGAAACAUUUAAAGGAACAGUAUAAUUUUGGACAAGACUAUCAAUGCAUAGUCAAACAGAGUAACAGUUUAUAUUUAGGAAUACAAUUUCUACCAAAAUUUUGAAAAUUUGGCGGGAAUUUUUUAACGUCCCGCGGAAGGCUACAUGUGUAUAUCGCAAAAUAAGCCUACAUGGUGAUUGGAUUUAAUAUAUAUCGAUGAAUGCUAUUGAAUCAAUGGUGGAAUUGAUUUAGGAAAGUUAUUUGUAAACUAUUCAUAAAUCAAAGAAUUUGUCAUAAAGAUUAGUUAUUUGUAAUGUUUGUAGAAUGUUAGUUUAGAGAAAACAAUCAUUGACUAGGUGCUAAAGUUCAAUACAAUUUAUUUUCCUUCAUGUAGCAGAAUAUCCUUGUUUGGUGUUUAUUUUCAUACUUUAACCAUUGAAAUACAAUAUGAUUAAAACCACUUUGCUCCUCUAAAUUUGAUUGUCGCUCUUGUAAGGGACUAGCAAUUUUUACGGAACAAAGUGAAAGAUCAGAUUUAAGUAUGAGUGCUUGAAAUAGAUCUAAAUAUAUACAUGUAUUUCGAGAUAUUAAGAUACACUAAGAUACACGUAUCUCGUAUAUUGCAAGUAUAACAACAAACUAUAUUUUUAUAAUUAAAGUUAUUUGAAUGAAAAUAGGUAUUGGCAUUUGCCAUAUAAUUCAAUACGUAUUUUAAACACUAUUUUUUGUGGAUGUCUAUUUUAUGAAAAAAGUCACAUUCAUAUGGUAUUUUGUUUACUAAUAAUCAUACAUUAUAACAAUUGUUUUUGGUGGCUAAAUCAUCAGGUUAAAAAUGUAAGUUAUUUUUGUAUGUAACUACAAUGUAGAUGGCAAAAAUUAUCAUUUGCGAUGAAAAUAACUGGUUUUUUUUUUCUCAAUCUGAAUAGAGCCCAGCAUACAGAGCCAUAGAGCAAUAUAGAACAAGGAUUUGUACAGUAGUAACUACUAUAACCUCUCUCGAUGUUAUCAAGCAUAAUUCAUGUUUAUCGAAUUCCAUUUACAGACUUCACAACAACUUAACAUUUUGAUGACGGUACUUGUGGCAGUCUUGGUAAAAGCCUUAAAUCUAAAUUUUACAAAGAGUAUAAUUUGGAUUAGAACAAAAUUACGAGCAAACUUAUCUCACGCAAUUAUUAAGUUAUUUUAAUGUAAGAACAAAAAUGUCAAGGUAAUAGCAGAAUAAAUACUCUGUAAACAGAAUCCCGAAAAUGAAUAUGAAAAAAGGAGACUGAACGAUUACCAGCCAUCCAUUAAACUAAAACGAUAUUUAAACCAAGAUGUUUUAUAAUGUUCAUGGUGUACGUCAGUAGGAAUAUUACGACGUUCAUGGUGUACGUCAGUAGGAAUAUUACUACGUUCAUGGUGUACGUCAGUAUAGGAAUAUUACUACGUUCAUGGUGUACGUCAGUAUAGGAAUAUUACUGACAACUAUUUUUUGUUGUUGAUUAUGUUGUUACAGCAUUGGCAUGCAUGUGAACCAUUUUGUUUAGUUAUUAAUAUGUUAUAAUGAAUUGUUUGCAUGCAUGUAUACAUUGUAGACAUCAAUUAGUUAUCGAAAUAAAAUUACUGUUAAGAUA